CUGACAGAGGAGUUUGAGACUUCUGUUGCCAAUUUGAAAAGCUUGCUGCAAGAAGAGCAAAAUAGAUUAAAGAAAUCUGAAGAUGAUUCAAAGCUGCUUACCUUGGAGCUCCAGAAUAAAUCUGCUGAACUGGAAGAGAUGACUAAAGUAAAAUGUGAUAAAGAAGUGCAACUUGAAGAGCUGUCAGAAACUCUGAUGAAUAAUCUGAAGAAACAGGUGGAAAAUAAAACCAAAUGCAUGGAAGAGUUGCAACAGGAGAAUAAGGUGCUGAAAAAGAAAAUUACUGCAGAAAGCAAGAAAAGCAACACUUAUGAAGGGAAGGUGAAUAAAUUGCAGUUAGAGAUGGAAAAUAUGAACAAGCAACAUAAGGAAGAAGUUGACAUCUAUAAAAAAGACAUAGAAACAAGAAAAGUAAAUGAAAAUAAACUUCGUGAAGAGGUAGAAAAGAUGAGGUUGCUUUGUGAUGAAACUGCAAUGAUACAGAGAGAAACUGAUGCCAGAUGUCAGCACAAGAUAACUGAGAUGAUGGCACUGAUGGAAAAGCACAAGAAUGAAUAUGAUAAAUUGGUUGAAGAAAAAGAUGCAGAGUUAAAAGUAUACAAAAUGAAACAGCAAAAGCAGAUAUCAUCAGAAAGGGCACUGGAAAAUGAGCUGUCGUGUUUGAAAAAGGAACUGUCCUCCCUUAAGGAACAACUGAAAGCAGAAAUGGAAGAAAAGGAGAAUCUCGUAAAAGAGCACUCUGGCAGUAUGAUUUCUGAAAGUGAAAAGAAACACAAGACAUGUGUUAUAAAGACUCCUCCAAGGGAUAAAAUGCAGAGUGGAAGAAGCACAAACCUGCCUGCAGAGCAGAGCAGCAGGAAAAAGCAGAAAGUGCUUGUGCAGCUGGACACUCAGUCAGACAGCUCUGAGCACACUGACCUCCUGAGCAUAGUCUCAGAAGAAGAAAUGUUUAAAAAUUUGUACAAAGAUUAUCCACAAGCUUCACAAUUACAUUCCACAGCACCAAAAAAGAGCCCAGCUCCAUGCAGCGUGAAAUCUCCAGGCUCUGCUCUGAAACUCAAAACCAUGAGGAGAAUGCGCGAGCAAUUCAGGCGGUCGCUCGCCGCGACUGCUCACCGUGGCGGCGCGCCUGUGCCGGGUUCGGAGUAG